GGAUGCUGCUCGGGCUGCUGCUGCUGCUCGGGCUGCCGCUGCUGGCCCGCGAGGCGGCGGCGGCGGCGGGCUCCGCGGUGGCGGUGCUGAGCGCCGAGCUGCGCGGCGAGCCGGCGCGGGAGGUGAGCCCGGCUUUCCUCUCCCUCACCAUCGAUGCCAGCCUGGCCGCGGACCCCAGGUUCAUCCCCAUCCUGGGCUCUCCCAAACUGCGCACCUUAGCAAGAGGUUUGUCUCCAGGCUUCUUGAGAUUUGGUGGCACCAGAACCGACUUCCUGAUCUUUGAUCCAAAGAAGGAUUCAACUUUAGACGAGAGAGACUUUUGGGAACCACAGGUGAAUCAAGGUAUUUGUGGAGUAAGAUCUAUUCCUACUGCUGUGGAGGAGCUACUACUAUCUCAGUGGCCUAUCCAGGAGAAGCUACUCCUUAAGGAACAGUACCGGAAAAAAUACAAAAACACCACCAUUACAAAAAGUACGGUGGACAUUCUGUAUAGCUUUGCAAAGUGUUCAAAGCUGGAUCUGAUCUUUGGCCUUAAUGCCUUACUUCGAAAAGGUGGCUUGCAGUGGGAUAGUUCAAAUGCUCAGUUGCUCUUGGAUUAUUGUGCUUCCCAACAUUACAACAUGUCUUGGGAACUUGGGAAUGAGCCAAACAGUUUCAGGAAGAAGUCUGGCAUCUAUAUUGAUGGUUCCCAACUAGGGCAAGACUUUAUUCACCUGUAUCACCUUCUGCGAAACUACAGCACUUACAAGAAUUCAAAACUUUAUGGCCCCGAUGUUGGUCAACCACGGAAAAACACUCAGAAGUUGCUGAAGAGCUUCCUGAAAUCAGGAGGGAAAGUAAUUGAUUCUGUUACCUGGCAUCAUUACUACGUAAAUGGACGAAUCGCUACCAGAGAGGAUUUCUUGAGCCCGGAAGUGCUGGAUACCUUUAUUACAAAAGUAAAAGAUGUUCUUCAGAUUGUUGAUGAAACUGUACCUGGUAAAAAGGUGUGGCUAGGAGAAACAAGUUCAGCCUAUGGAGGUGGAGCUCCCAGACUGUCUGAUACAUAUGUUGCCGGUUUUAUGUGGUUGGAUAAAUUAGGACUGUCAGCCAGAAUGGGUAUUGAUGUGGUGAUGCGACAAGUGUUCUAUGGAGCAGGAACCUAUCACCUGGUGGAUGCAAAUUUUGAACCUUUGCCUGAUUAUUGGCUUUCUCUGCUGUACAAAAAACUGGUUGGCACCAAGGUACUGAAAGUUGGCCUGAAGGGAGCAGAUCCGAAGAAGCUUCGAGUGUACCUUCAUUGCACGAAUGACCACAACCCAAAGUACAAAGAAGGGGAUGUUACUCUGUUUCUUUUAAACCUCUAUAAUGUCGCCAAACACGUGCAGUUGCCCCAUAACUUAUCUAAUAAGCAUAUAGAUGAAUACCUUUUAUUACCUCAUGGGGACCAGCACAUACUUUCCAGGUCUGUUCAGUUGAAUGGUCAUGUCUUAAGGAUGGUGGAUAAAAAAACACUGCCAGCACUUACUAAGAAACCCCUCCCUCCCGGGAGUUCUCUUGACCUUCCAGCUUUUUCAUACGGAUUUUAUGUAAUAAAAAAUGCAAAAGCUAUUGCUUGCAUUUAAACAUGGAACACAUCCUCACAGGACGGUUGCAGGCGCACUGUGGCUAAAACUCAAGUUUGUUACUAGAGGAUCACAUUUUUGCAAUAAGCAUUAACUUUGGCAAACUUGCUGCAAAUCUGCUGGAGUGGCAGCAAAAGCUGGGGGAGGAGAGGGCAUAAGUGCAUAUUGUGUACUGUGUACAUGAACCAUAUUGAUGUAAACCCACAAGAACAUUUUCCCCAGGUUUUGGGGAGGUUGCUUCCUUCCUCUCUUGGGCCCCCAGUGGUCCACUUAGCAGCAAGUCCUUCUCUAUUCCCCACACUCCUGUCACAGGACCUGAUUACACUGUGUCUGCAGAUCUGCCAGCUAAAGACUUUGAUAUUCCCUCAUUGCCUAGGUUAUAUAAAUUUAAGCACAAUUGUUAUAGCAGCCUUUUUUUUCCUGAGAGCAGGUGAGGUUCAUGAGGGCUUUUUUUUUUUUUAAAUAUAUCCUCCCCUGUCCCUCCUCAGUGUUUUUACUCGCACUGUUCCUUUAAUGCCCACACAAUAUGGGAGAGCAGGAGACAAUCAUGGAAAAGCUACCACUAGCUACUGCAGGUAGCUUCUGAUUUUUUUGUGCAUUAAGGGAUGUCCAAAGCCCAGCUGCACUUUUCAACUGUUAGUUAUGUUGGGGGCGAGGAAUGGAGAAAACAAGCAAAAGGAAGAUGAAUAAAGGAAGGAUUAUCUAAAUGGAAGGAGGGAAACAGUGAGGAAAACUGCCAAAACUUAGGGCUUGUCUACACUUACAAGUGCAGCUAUGCCACUAUAGUGCUUAGUGAAGCCACUACCUAUGUCAACAAGCGAGCUUCUCCCACUGACGUAGGUACACCACCUCCCCGAGAAGCACUCCUGUAGACAUAGCGCUGGCUCCAGUGGGAGGUAGGUCGGUAUAACUGCAUCACUCAGGGGUGUGGAUUUUCACUGAUAAAGCUUUUCACUCUGCUAUACUGAUUUUUCAGAAU